AUGACAGCGCUUCUUGUCAUUGACAUGCAGCGGCACUUUACGACAUCCGCCGCCCCGAUCACUGCCAACGUCAACCUCCUGAUCGAUCACUUUCACUCUGACGACCUGACUGUCGUCUACACCCAACACGGACACACACCAGCACAACUGAGUGGAGCCGAGGUCUCUGAACUCGUCCGCUUCUGGGGUCCUGACGGCUCCAUCCACCGGUUCGCCGAGUCAUGGCACCUGCUCCCCGACUUGUUACCUCCAGCCACAAGUGACGUACAAGUGCAAGACAAGGACACGUACGAUGCGUUCAUCCACACUGGUCUCGAGGAGACGCUCCGUGCUCGCCGUAUCGAGCGGGUUGUCGUGUGUGGCGUCUUGACCAACUUUUGCUGCGAGACGACUGCGCGCUCGGCGUUCAACCGUGGGUUUGAGACGUGGGUCGCGUCGGACGCGUGCGGUGCCGAGAGUCAGACACUGCAUUCCAACUCGUUGCGCGCGCUCGCAGCCGGAUUUGGCGAGGUACUGUCCACGAAAGAGGUACUGCAGCGAUUGCAAAGCCCGCGCGGCUGA